AUGAUGAUCCCUAAGCUCCUCCAAGGUCAGGCCGAGUUACCCAGUGUCGACAGCACAAAAUCGUACUGGCACAAAGAGCCAUCAGAGAAGCUCUUGGGUCAUCGUAGUACGGCAGACCUGCCUCCAACUGCUGAAGUCGUGGUUGUGGGAAGUGGUAUCACUGGUACAUUCGCGGUGAGAGAGCUUGUGAAAGAAGGGCGCAAGAAUAUCGUGCUUCUUGAAGCAAGAGAAGCAUGUUGGGGAGCCACAGGAAGGAACGGUGGUCAUUGUCAACCUUUCAUCUACGCUGCUAAACCACCAGUAGCCCAAUUCGAACUGGACACGUUCAACUUUCUGAAGGACCUUGUUUCUGAGAAUAACAUUUCCUGUGACUGGGAAACAGUCGGAGGCGUGCACCGUAUCUCUGAGGAGAUCCUGGAAGUUGUGGCCAAGCACCUGGAGCGUUUGAGAACCUCCCACCCUAAUUUGGUCGACAAGAUUAAGAUCGUGACAGACAAGGAGGAGCUAAAGAAACUACGUGUCUCGGGGGCGUAUGCUGCAAUGUACCAACCGAACGCAGCCAAGCUGUGGCCAUACAAGCUUAUCUGCUGGGUUCUUGAGCAACUUCUCGAAGCGAAUGACCCUAGUGUUUUCAACCUUCAGACAAAGACGCCCGUGGACCACAUCCAACGUACAGGCGACUCCUGGACUCUAAACACACCUCGUGGUCAGAUAGCAACCAAGAAUGUUAUCCUAGCAACCAACGCCUACACUUCACACCUCCUCCCCAAGCUAUCUGGCCUCAUCGUCCCUGUUCGUGGACAAAUUGCUGCUCUCACCCCCUCAAGCGGAAGCUCACCACUUGAACAUAGCCACGUUUGGUGGACGCCGGUGGGAGGAGACAACUAUCUCGUCCAGCGACCUUCGGGUGAACUUAUCUGUGGCGGUGAGAGGCUAGGCUCAUCUGAUGGCCAAGUUGGUCUCUCUCGUGAUGACGCGAUCGAUCCAGUCAUCGCUGAACGUUUGCGUGCUUCGCUUCAUGCCGCUGUCAAGCUAAAGACACCGGGAGAGGUGGAAGACGCUACUCUUGAAGCUACAUAUGAGUGGACUGGCAUCAUGGGGUAUUCAAGAGAUGGUUAUCCUUGGGUUGGCCAACUACCCGCAGCUCUAGGCGGUGAAGAUAGUGGCAUUUAUGUUAGCGUCGGAUAUACAGGCCAUGGCAUGCCCGUAGCGGCAAGAUGUGGAAUCGCAGUUGCCCAGGAGAUACUGGGGAUCAAUAAUGGUGUGGAUUUGCCGGCUCAGUAUCGGAUUGAUGAAGGAAGAGCUGACAGAGCCAAAAGCAUGGAGAUUCCCUCGACACUACUGGAUGAGGUUAUGAUGAUGAUUGGUGACUGA